AUGGUGGUGUGCGAGGUCUCUGGCGGCAGGACUCUGGCUAUAUGUCUGUGCAGUGCUCAGCACAAAGAUGUCCUGAUGCCAAGCGGAGCCCCUGGGUGCUCCGGGUGCCCGCUAGGUGGGUUUGGGGGAGGUACCAUCACACGAGGCUGGCGGGGAGAGUUCUGUCGAUGGCAGUUGAAUCCCGGAGUGUACCACCAUAAGACAGUCGUAGCAGACCAGUUCACCGUCUGCUUGCGCCGGAAGGGACAGACCGUUUACCAGCAAGUCCUGUCCGUGGAGAGACCCAGCGUGCUGCAGGGCUGGAACUGGGGCUACUGCGGCCACUACGCCUUCUACCAUGCCCUGUACCCUCGGGCCUGGACGGUCUACCAGCUCCCUGGGCAGGACGUGGUGCUCACCUGCCGGCAGGUCAGCCCCAUCAUCCCACACGACUACCAGGACACCAGCCUACCCGUGGGAGUGUUCGUCUGGGAGCUGGAGAACGGCAGCGACGAGGCCGUGGACGUCUCCAUCAUGCUCACCCUGCGGAACGGCACGGGCACCAAGGAGGACAAGAGCGGGGGCCACUGGAACGAGCCCUUCAGCCUGGAGAAGGAGGGCGCGCGGGUCUCGGGAGUCCUGCUGCAUCACUGCAGCCCCGUGAACCCCUACACCCUCGCCAUCUCCGCCAGGGAGCAGGCCGGCACAGGAGUGACCCACCUCACAGCGUUCAACCCCGCUGGCACUGGGCAGGCGGUGUGGCAAGACCUCCUUCAGGACGGCAAGCUGGGCUCCCCGGCAGAUCUCUUACAUGGCAUAUCUGCAUCAGGCGCGUACUGCGGCAGCCUGUGGCUGGCAGCCGUCUGUGUGAUGUGCAAGGUGGCGGGGAUUGUGGGUGACAGCGAGGUCCUACAGAAAUACAGCGCCAUCCGAAGGAAGGGCACGGAGGCGUUUGAGCGGCUGCUGUGGAACGGGAAAUACUACAACUACGACAGCAGCGGGGGCCCCUUCUCCAGCACCGUCAUGUCCGACCAGUGCGCCGGGCAGUGGUUCCUCCGGGCCAGCGGCCUAGACCAGGGCGAGUUCCAGGUUUUCCCCAGGAGCCAUGUUCUCAGCGCGCUGAAGACGAUCUUUGAGCUGAACGUCAUGGGCUUUGCCAAUGGGACGAUGGGAGCCGUGAACGGCAUGAGGCCCGAUGGGAGCCUGGACACUUCCAGCGUGCAGUCCAGCGAGGCCUGGGUUGGGGUCGUGUACGCCCUGGCAGCCACCAUGAUCCAGGAGGGCCUGGUGCAGGAGGGCUUCCACACAGCGGAGGGCUGCUACCGGACCGUGUGGGAGCGGCUGGGCAUGGCCUUCCAGACACCAGAGGCCUAUUGCCAAAGGAAGGUCUUCCGCUCUCUGGCCUACAUGCGCCCCCUCAGCAUCUGGAGCAUGCAGCUGGCCCUGGAGAACAGCGGCUGCCAGGCGCCUGCCGCAGCAGCGCCGCGCCCGGUGCAGGAGAACUCCCUCCAGCCGUGAGGGAAGGAACCUGGGCGCAUGAGCCAGAGGGAGCCGCUGGGCCCCCGCUGCAGGCCAGGGACUGUGUGGAGGCCGCUUGCCCCUUUUUAAAACCUGAUUUUAAUUGCUGUAUCUUCCCUCCUCUCUGCACCUAGCCUGUGCCUCCCCCCAACGCGCGCACCCCUCCCCCUCGGAGCAGCAGGGCCCCGUGCUCCACAGCCUGGCUGACCCCUCAGCCCUGGGGCCCCCAGCCACAAGAGAGCCUGGCUGCCUGAGCGGGGAGAGCAGCCCAGAGAGAAUGAGAAGGGAGGAGCGGCGGGGGGGGCUGUGCCCAGGGUCCUUCCCCUCCCCCAUGGCUCCGGGGCUCGGACGUGCACGGGCAAGUCCCCGCGGGAGGUGGGGUAUCCCUAUGGCCAACAGGUCUCACAGCCUCCCCCCGCGCCUGUCCUGCCUGCGGCCCCACCCAGACCCGCAUGGCUGGGAGCCGCAGAGGGCGUGCAGGGGGGAGCACGUGUGUGGUGCACACCGUGCUGGCACUUAGCUGGCACUGUUGCGGAGGGCGUGUGCACAGGCUGCUGGGUGGGCAACCCAGGAUCUACCCUGGCCCUGCCCCUGACGUUCACCUGCCCUUGCUGGCUGAGCUGCUCACCCGACACGGUGCAUUUUGUCACCACCUGUAAUCGCUGCACCCGCGUGUGGGGCGUGGCGGAGCAGCAUCCGCUGCCGGGCACAGACGGGCCGUGGGUGAGGGCCUGGUACGUGCUGAGCCCUCACUGCAGGGAGAACCACACGGGACAGAAGCUUGGCAGGGGUCCCCCCUCUCUCCCCUUUCAGCAGCACGGCCCCCAGGAGAGGCGCAGGGGAGCCGAAGACGUGGGCACUGCUGUGAGUGAGGGUGCCAUUGCCCCUCCCUGGCCCAAGGGGCUGCCCAGCUGGGCUGGGUCCCUUCAGGGUGCCUGGUCCAGGCAGGGGCCACUGUGGUAACCCGUGGCCAGGCCAGUUCCCCAGCAUGAUCCAGCCCUGGCCCGGGGCCCGCUGCCUGGCCUCCGACAAUCCUCAUCCCAAACUCUUGGACGGGCGGUGUCUGUCCCCGGCCCUGCAUGGCCACUGCACACGAUCACAGCUGGCGCUGGGCCAUGGGGCCCAGGGGAGCUGUUUUUAAAUGCUGAAUAAUUUUAAUUUAAAAUCAUCAUAAUAAAAUAUCAUCUGCCUGUG